AUGCGGUAUAAAGGCGGAGGUGCGGCCAGAUGUCCCUGCGGAAGAGGUAAGGGGACAUAACGCGUUUAGUCGUCUAAGGUACAAUCGGGCAAAGCGCAAUGAGGAAGACCACAUGAACUUUGACACCGGCCUGUGACAAAGUACAAGCCUGGGUGUAGAUUACGUAGCCUGGCCAGGAGGGGACUCCUCUGUUGUCAAGCCCAACUCUCACAGUGCCUCCCCAGCCCUAUGGACCUUGGGCUUUCUAGAGCCGCCCGUCAGCAAGAAGCACAUGUUGGCCAUUGGUACCCUGCCCCCGGCAGCAUCUGCACGCCCCAAAGCCCCACGUGUGCCCGGCGAUGGUAUGGACCCCAGCUACUGUAGUCCAGACCAAGAGGUCAAGGGGGUCCCAGUAGGAGACCCAGAUUCGCUCCAGAUUCGCGUCGAUGCCUUCCGCAAGCUAGGCUACUCUGCCAAGGAGGCACGCAGCGUGCUACUGAAGCUGGGGCUGGGCGCGGACAACAACGCCGUGCUUGGCGAGCUUGUCCGCGCCAGCGCCGGAUCCUCAGUCGACAGGGAGGCUUCCCCCUUGCCUGUUACCACGGGGCCCAUGCUGGUUUCGCGGGGAUGUAGCCCGGCACUGACCCAGGAGGGCGAGAAGGAGCCAGAAAGCACGUUGAAGCCCAUCGUGAUCGAUGGCAGCAAUGUGGCCAUGAGCCACGGGAACAAAGAGGUCUUCUCCUGCCAGGGCAUCCAGCUGGCAGUCAGCUACUUCCUGGAAAGAGGCCACACCGAAAUAACCGUUUUUGUGCCUUCAUGGCGAAAAGAGCAGCCCAGGCCGGACGUGCCGAUUACAGACCAGCACAUCCUGAGGGACCUGGAGAAGAAGAAGAUCGUAGUCUUCACGCCGUCACGACGCGUGGGGGGCAAGCGGGUGGUCUGCUACGAUGACCGCUUCAUUGUGAAGUUGGCCCACGAGACUGAUGGGGUUAUCGUGUCUAAUGACACGUACCGCGACCUGCAGGGCGAGAAGCCAGAAUGGAAACGCUUCAUUGAGGAAAGACUACUCAUGUACUCAUUCGUGAAUGAUAAGUUUAUGCCUCCCGACGACCCCCUGGGCCGGCAUGGUCCCAGCCUGGAUAAUUUUCUCAGGAAGAAACCGCAGGCCUCUGAGCAGAAACGUCAGGCUUGCCCUUACGGAAAGAAGUGCACUUAUGGGAUCAAGUGUAAAUUUUACCACCCAGAGCGCGUGAACCAGUCUCAGCGCUCUCUGGCUGACGAGCUCCGGGAAAACGCCAAGCUGAAGGAUGACAAGAAAGCCAAAAAGGGUCCCCAGCGGGAUCCCUGCCACUCGCAGUCCCCCGUCCCCCUGGCACAGGAGCUGGAGCAGAAGUUGAACCUGGAUGGGCACUGGCCGCCGAGGAAGGUGCAACAGGUCACCGAGAAUGUGCCACUGUACUGGGGCCAGUCUCCCUGGUCUGACUGGGCAGGCCAAGACUGUGCGACCAGCAUUGACUCCUCCCUUGAACACCUGGACUCCGGCCUGGGCUCCUACGAAAGCCAGUACUCGGACGUGUCUCGGGGACACUCCAGCCCCUAUAGCGCGGAUCCCAGGUUGCUCCAUUGCUCCUCCAGGGACAGAUCCAGGCGACAUUUCGCACAAUCUGGGGAGUCCAAGCGACUGGACGGGUACCAACCCAGCCAGUGCUGCCCGCACGUGCCUGUGGCUGCUGGUACGCACCAGUUCAGCCACGACCCCCACCUCAAGUUUGCCUCCCCCGGCCAGUCCAGUUACUCCACCUACUGGAGCCACCUGUACCCCCAGGACAGCCAGGCCUGCAGUCUCCCUACCAACUUCCAGCCUGGCGGGGUGGUCCCUCACCAGGACAAGUACUGGUUGUUUGAGUCCCGCUCCUCCAGUAGCCUCCCUGACCCCCAUCAGAUGCUCGGGCAGCAUACGCAGGGAUCUGUGGUCCCCUAUCCUGAACAGCGGGCCUCCUUUGGGGUGGAGCGCGAGGAGGUCCGAAAGAAGCUGCAGGCUAUUUUCAACCCCUACCAUGUCGACAAAGUCAUGGGCAUGUUCCCACACCUGCUGGACCCCCAGAAGCUUGCCGCCGAGAUCCUGUCUCUGAAAUCCCACGGCGGAAUUCCCUGACCUCCAUCCCUUUUCCCCGACGGCCUACCAGUCCAGCUUCUCCAUGGUGGUGAUCCAUGAGCUGGGACACUUGGAUCCCACUGACAUGUUUUGUCGUUUCAAGGGCCCUGCAAACCAUAGAAGUCAGAUAUUUUGCUUCAAAAGGUUUGAAUAUAAACUAGUGUUUUUUCUGCCACAUACAGCCUUAUGCGCACGAUGCAUACUUGUCACUUCCAGACCUCAUGCAAUUUCUUUUAACGGUCUGGAGAUUGUUGAUGCAUAUUGCAUCUUAUCAGGGUGUACUAAUCCGCAGUCCUUUAAAUAUGUGCAUCUUGGCUGAACGGCCGCAUAGAGCACAAGGAAAAGUUAUGUUUUUUUAUGCUAAAGAAAUGUAUAGUUUUAUUAGCGCUUUGCUAAUUGCAGCUGGUGUUUUAAUUGCAAUUACUGUAAGUGCAAAUGAAUUUCUUGGUAGUGGGUAGCUGUAACUUCCUCCUCUCUGUAAUAUGCAAGGAGUACAGAAGCUAUUCUCAGUCCGCGUGGCCUUAACCCAUUAGAGAAACUCUAAUGUCAAACCACCACCAUUAAGAGAUUCAAGACCUGUAGCUCCAAAUUAUCUAUAGAAACGCUGGCGAGAGCUUGGAAGCAUUAACACUUUUCCAGGUUAAAAAUCUAGGUGUUUCUUUUGUGGUUCCGAGGGACGUGGUUCCAUAAUGAAUCUCCCAGAAUCUGUUUGGGCACCGUGUGCCAAAGCGUUUAGAAGCUGUGCCUAGUGAGGCAGCCAGAGCCCAAAGCGUCACACGUGUGAAUGCACUGGCCCAAAGAUGGGGCCUGGCCUGAGGCCUGAGUCCUCUGCGACCAAAGAGCCCCCACCUCUGCGUACGACCCCAAGAAGCCAGAAAAUGAUGUGAGCUCUUCCAUGAAGCAAAAGCUUUAAUCAACGGUAUACGACUCACUCUCUCCCACAGAGGAGUCACAUGCUCAACAGAGUAAACAAUUCAAGUACAAGACGCCAUAUUCACACCUGUGGUUCAUUUAUUAACUUUUCAAGUGUUAAUCACAGAAGUGGGUGUGUGUGUUGGUGUGAGUGAUUGAGCAUGUGUGUUGUUAUUAAAAUAACUAUUUUUUUGCAUAAAGGUAUUUUGUUCUCUGUUUUGGGAACCAAUUGUAAAAUGUUUAGAAUCAUUUUAAUCAAUGCUGGACAGCUAUGUUGCUACAUUUUACAAAUAAAAGUAUUCCCUCUCUUCCUC